AUGUGUGGCUCGGCCCUUGCUUUUCUGACUGCUGCACUGCUCUGCCUGCACAACUGCCAGCGAGGUCCUGUCUUGGUUCUACGGUCAGCCUGGCUGUUUUCACUUGUUAUCGGACUGGACCAAAGUGAACACAAUAGAUGUGGCUCUUCAAACGUGGUCUCCUGUGCCAGGUGCCUCCAGCUGGGUCCAGAAUGCGGAUGGUGUGCUCAAGAGGACUUUGUUUCAGGUGGAUCAAGAAGUGAACGGUGUGAUACUGUUUCCAAUUUGAUAAGCAAAGGCUGUCCAGUUGAUUCGGUAGAAUCCCUGGCUGUGCCUGUGGCUACACCAAGUGAGAAGGAAAUCAAUACCCAAGUGACACCAGGAGAAGUCUCAAUCCAGCUGCACCCAGGAGCUGAAGCUAAUUUUAUGCUAAAAAUUCGUCCUCUGAAGAAAUAUCCCGUGGAUCUUUAUUAUCUGGUUGAUGUGUCAGCAUCAAUGCACAAUAAUAUAGAAAAAUUGAAUUCCAUUGGAAAUGAUUUAUCUAGAAAAAUGGCUUUUUUCUCCCGUGACUUCCGUCUUGGUUUUGGCUCCUAUGUGGAUAAAACUGUCUCACCUUACAUUAGCAUCCACCCAGAGAGGAUCCACAAUCAGUGCAGUGAUUACAAUUUAGACUGUAUGCCUCCCCAUGGAUACAUCCAUGUGCUAUCCCUGACAGAAAACAUCACUGAAUUUGAAAAAGCAGUCCACAGACAAAAGAUCUCUGGGAACAUAGAUACUCCCGAAGGAGGUUUUGAUGCCAUGCUUCAAGCUGCUGUCUGUGAGAGUCAUAUUGGAUGGCGAAAAGAAGCUAAAAGAUUGCUGUUGGUGAUGACAGACCAGACAUCGCAUCUUGCUCUUGAUAGCAAAUUGGCAGGCAUAGUGGUGCCAAAUGACGGAAACUGCCAUUUGAAAAACAAUGUCUACAUCAAAUCGACAAUCAUGGAACAUCCGUCACUAGGCCAACUUUCUGAAAAGUUAAUAGACAACAACAUCAAUGUCAUUUUUGCAGUUCAAGGAAAGCAGUUUCAUUGGUACAAGGACCUUCUGCCCCUUUUGCCUGGUGCCAUUGCUGGAGAGAUAGAAUCCAAAGCUGCAAAUCUCAACAAUUUAGUAGUAGAAGCCUACAAGAAACUCAUUUCAGAAGUAAAAGUGCAAAUGGAAAAUCAGAUACAUGGUGUCUAUUUUAACAUCACUGCCAUCUGUCCGGAUGGGACCAGAAAGCCAGGUGCAAUUGGAUGUGGAAAUGUGACAAGCAAUGAUGAAGUUCUUUUCAAUGUAACAGUUGUGAUGAAAAUAUGUGAUGUCAUGGGAGGAAAAAACUACGCAAUAAUUAAACCUAUUGGUUUUAAUGAGAGCACCACGGUCCACAUACACAAAAGCUGCACCUGCCAGUGUGAGGACUGCAAAGGGUGCGAAGGACCGUGUGCCGAGGCAGCCCUGGAUCCCACGUGUCCACAGUGUGAUGACAGCAGAUGUCACUUUGAUGAAGACCAGCUUCCCUCUGAAACUUGCAAGUUGCAGGAGGAUCAACCUGUCUGUAGUGGCCGAGGAAUCUGUGUCUGUGGGAAAUGUUUAUGUGACAAAACCAAGCUUGGAAGAGUGUAUGGCAGAUACUGUGAAAAGGAUGACUUUUCCUGUCCAUAUCACCAUGGAAACGUGUGUGCUGGGCACGGGGAGUGUGAAGGUGGCAGAUGCCAGUGCUUCAGUGGCUGGGAAGGAGAUCGGUGCCAGUGCCCAUCAGCCUUAGCACAACACUGUGUCAAUUCCAAGGGCCAAGUUUGCAGCGGAAGAGGCACCUGUGUGUGUGGCAGGUGUGAGUGCACUGACCCUAGGAGCAUUGGCCGCCUCUGCGAGCACUGCCCAACCUGCCAUCUUUCUUGCAAUGAAAACUGGAGCUGUGUGCAGUGUCUGCACUCGCACAAUCUGUCUCAGGCUCUACUUGACCAAUGCAAAACCUCCUGUGCUGUCAUGGAAGAGCGUCGCAUGGAGCAAGCAUCAGAAUGUUUACCUGGCCCAAGCUACCUGCGAAUAUUUUUCAUCAUAUUCAUAGUUACAUUCUUGAUUGGGUUGCUUAAGGUCCUCAUCAUCAGACAGGUGAUUCUGCAAUGGAGUAGUAACAGGAUAAAAUCUUCCUCAGACUACAGGCUGUCCGCUUCCACAAAGAAUAAACUGAUUCUGCAAAGUGUUUGCACAAGAGCUGUAACCUACCGACGAGAAAAGCCCGAGGAAAUAAAAAUGGAUAUCAGCAAACUCGAUGCUCAUGAGGCUUUCAGGUGCAGCUUCUAA